AUGGACAUUUUUGAUUAGUUUUAGAAAUUUAAGACUAGUUUGAAGACUUAAAUAGAGCAUCGUCCUCAUUCCCAAUAAAGAAACACUGUAUUGAAAACAAAAUUUAUUUAAUCAACUCUUUAGACAUAAUAAUAAUAAUUAUAGGAUGUAUAGAGAAAAAAAACAUUGUAACAUCAUAGAAGUUCUACUCUAUUUAGUGCUGCGAAGGAGAAUUAGGAUAAAGCACAAAAACAACAGUAGCAAUAACAAAGAUUUACUAUGAUACAUAAAUAAUUGCCAGAAGUAUUGCCGAUGUAAUAAAUUUAACAGAUGUCAGAUAUUUUAAUAGAUUGUAGUGA